GGAAUUGGUGUAUUUUUAGCUUCCUUGAGCUUGGCUUGUGCAUAUAUUCCGUCUGUAUACUAUUUGAACGAAAAAUGCAAUACUCAAAUUCAAUUCAGCAAUGACGUACGAAUCAAACUUACCAGGUACUCGUAUACCAAUUUGAGACGGAGCUUGAACUGCCAAAUAACCAUCUCGACUCGGGACGUAUCCGACAAGCUGCUACUCCGAUUCAGAAGCCUUGAUACCAGAACCUCCUUUGGCUGUACGACCAAUAAGCUCAGCAUUUACGACACUAAUGGUAACAUUCUAUCAGGAGGUGGUAUAUGUGGCGGCAUCCGACCUUCGAAAGUAUACGAGACCACAGGUUCUAGUCUGAAGCUCCUGUUUAACACAGACAGUUUUACACGCCAGACCGGCAACUUCGACGUAUUGAUUACGUCUUUCAAUAAUGGCAACAGAAACGGCUCAUGUUUUGCGGGUGAUUAUCGCUGUGAGAAUAAGAGGUGUAUCUAUAACGGACUUACUUGUGACGGUUACAACAACUGCGGCGACGACUCCGACGAAAUUGAUGGAUGUGGACUCUCGAAAGGAGUAUUUAUCGGAAUCGGUAUCGGAGGUUUUGUCUUCCUGGUUUUAAUAAUCCUGGGCAUUAUUUGUGGACGACGAAGAUACUAUCAUCAUCACUGCCAUGGUCCAACGAUCACCACCACAACAAAAUCCUAUCAGAAUUUCUAAAUCGUUUUUCACUGCAUAAUGACUUAAACAUUCUCAUUACGUCAUCAACAGUGGCUCAACUACCAAAGGAACUGGUUGAACCAAAUCCACGGGACCCCAACCCUCCAAAAGGACCCUACACCUAGAAAAGUUUGGUUCAAAGGGGCCCCCUUCUUUAGCUGAGUCACUGGCCAUCAUUUUUGUUUCUGGAUUUGUGAUUGAGGUAUAACGGUAUAACGAAUAACGAGCAGGUUCUUUAAAACAAAUGACGAGCUAGUUCGGUUUAACGAAUAUCGAGUCCCUGUCUCGGCCAAUCAUAAAUGUUCAUCAUUGUGUGUUUACUUCAAUAAAAUACUCACCCUUCU